AUGGAAUCUGGUAAGCUCAAAAUACUCCCUGAAUCCUGUUGCUUAGAAAUAGCCAGACUAUGUGUAAGCUUACCUAGAAAGCAGUUUUCGAGUCCAUUCCCGAAAGCGGUUCUACUCCCCUGGGCCAUAAUGAUUCGUUUAUACCUGAUCUCCCACGAGACAUUAUCUCAGCAUUCCGCAAUUCAGCACCCAAAUCUAGAAAUGGAUGUAUAACCUGCAAGUAAGUCACCUCAAGCUCGUAAUAUCGGGUUCAUAGCUGACCCAUAUUAGAACACGUAGGGUGAAAUGCGAUGAGGAGAAGCCGGAAUGUAAACGGUAGGUGAAAUCUCCUUCCAUGUGCAUACAAGUAUGACUGAUGUCGCUUAACAAAAAUACAGGUGUCGCUCAAGUGGCCGCAAAUGCCACGGCUAUGCACCUCCAAAGCCCACCAACAAGAAAAAGACGAAGUAUCUAAGACGUCAAGAAGAGCGAGAAACAGAAAUACUUUCGUCCUUGGCCAUUGUCAUUCAUCGAGGCCCGGCGAUAUGCAAAAGUCCCUCGGCAGACAUCCAAGCAGAUUCUUCUCAGCGUCGCAGCUUCCACUAUUUCCGCUCUCGAAACUUCUCGCAGCUACCAGGGAAUUUUGAACCCUACUUUUGGGAUGAUGUCAUGCUUCAAUUCAGCCACUCAUAUCCAUCAAUCCAACAAUCUCUCAUCGCCUUAAGCGCCAUAUACGUGUAUCGUGGCGAGACGAAAGGAUGUAGCCUCGUUCAAUCGCAAAGACGUCAACAUGCACUUCAACAAUACAACAUAGCCGUUCGCACACUAGUAGGCUACUUGUCUACUAGAAAUCAGGAUCCCAGAGUGGCACUGAUAUCGUGCCUAAUUUUUAUUUGAGUUGAGCGUCUCCAGAAGAAUAUCGAGGCUAGUGUUAAACACCUGGAUAGUGGGAUGAGGAUCCUAACUUCACUGAAAGAAUCUGGGACGUUGAAGAUUCUUGAUAGUAAUGAAGUUGAACGAGACGAUAUAUAUGGGUCGCUUAGCCGCUCAUUUACUCGUCUUCGAAUCCAGGUCUCGAUUCAUGGAAGUACGACGGAUGACUUUGCUGCUUCUUGUCCGUUGACGGAUGGACUUAAACAUGCGCCCAUUCCACAUACUUUCUCGAGUAUUUUUGAAUCGAGGAUAUCGCUGGAUGCAAUUUUUAGACAGAUACUUGGAUAUCUUAGGAAGACUUUUGAGAAGUUCGGUGCAGCUGGGGACAGUAAUCCGUUGAAUGAUGUGCUGCUCAGCUUUAAACUCCAGGACCACAUACAGCAACUGGAACAAUGGCACAUGGCUACGACAAGAAUGAGAACGAUAGAACGCAAAUUUGGCGAGAUAGAGACAGAGAGCGAAGCGCUAGGGUAUGCUUAUCUCCAACUCUAUCACAUGUUGAUCACUACCUGCGCAAAAGUCCUCUUUCAAGGCGAAAUGAUCUACGACCACCCCUCGCAACUAGCCACCUUCUCAGAGAUGCUCUCGCUCUCCUCUCUCCUUCUCCACAACACCAAGCAACUACCACUAUCCUUCGAUAUGGGCGUAAUCCCCCCUCUUCUCUACGUCACCACCAGAUGCCGAGUGCUCUCCUUACUCAUGCGUGCCUUGGAAUUACUAAAACUCGCACCUGAACAGGAGGGUCUCUGGGUCCGCGACAAUUUCGUCAGAAUCUGUGAAUGGAAAAUUGCUACGGAAGAAGCUGGACGUGGGGAUUUAGAAAACACGCAGCCAUUGCCUGAGUCGGUUAGGAUCUAUCAGGAACAAAUAUUUUCGGCUGGGAACGGGGAGAGGGCGCGUGUUACUUAUAGACAAGGACCUUUCUCGGUAGAUGGGAGGAAGGGGGAGGAGAUGGUGGAUUAUAUUGAUGCGCCUGAGUGUGUGGGGAGGUUGUUGAUGACAAUGUAUACUGGACAUUGGCAGUUAUUGUGCCGGCUAGUGGGUUGCUGUGCGAAUUAA